AUGCGUAGUUUGAAGAUUGCUGAACGUUUCAAGAGCAUUCAAGUUCAUGCUCUUAGUUCUUCAUCUGAAAACAAUGGUGGCAGCAAAACCAAACCUCACAACUUUAGCAGACACAAAACAAUAUUGUCGUGGUCAAAAUCGAAAUUCAGCAACAAUAACAAAACCUCGGAGUUUGCAAAUCUUGUUUCUCUUCAGUUACCUUCUAUUGACACCAUUGAACCAACCAUAGAACCUUAUCUUAAACCUGUAAACCUUGUAGAGACUUUAGCAGAACUCUAUCAACGUAUAGAGUUUUGCUCGUCACAGUCUGAGAAAGUUUCACUUUUUGUGGAGCUUUUUUCUGUUUUGUAUGGUCUUGGAGAUCAGAAGCUACUCAGAAGGUGUCUCAGAACGGCGCGGCAGAACGCCGAGGAUGUGAUGUCAAAGGUUGUGCUUUCUGCUUGGUUAAGGUAUGAGAGAAGGGACGAUGAGCUUGUUGGUGUUUCUUCAAUGGAUUGUGGUGGUUGUAGUGUUCUUGAAUGUCCAAAGAAGAAUUUGGAGAAAGGGUUUAGUCCUUUUUCAAUCAAUGAUCAUUGUCAGUGUAAUGAAGAGAGAAAAAAUGAAACUUGGAAUAAUGAUGAGUGUCUGUGUUUAUCUGAUGAGGAAAGUGAUGUUUUGUUUUGUGUUGGGAAUGAAGAAAUCAAGUGUGUUAGGUGGAGAAUUGCUUCACUUUCAGAACCAUUUAACGCAAUGCUUUGCGGUGGAUUUCUAGAAUCGAAAAUGCGGAAGAUUGAUUUCACAAGAAAUGGGCUAUGCUCAGAAGGUAUGAAAGCACUAGAAUUUUACAGCAGAACAAAAAGGUUGGAUCUUUUCUGUGCUAAGACUGUUUUAGAGCUUCUAUCAUUUGCCAAUAGGUUUUGUUGCGACGAAAUGAAAUCGUCUUGCGAUUCUCAUUUGGCUUCAAUUGUUGAAAAUGUUGAAGAUGCAUUGAUACUCAUUGAGUAUGGUUUGGAAGAAAAAGCAACUCUUCUUGUUGUUUCUUGCUUACAAAUUUUCCUCAGGGAGCUUCCGAAUUCUCUUCGUAAUUCAAAGGUGAUGAAUUUUUUAUGUAGUUUUGAAUCAAAGGAAAAGUUGGAGAAUUUAGGGUGUGCUACUUUUUUGUUGUACUAUUUUCUUAGUCAUGUGGCAAUGGAAGAAAACAUGGUAUCGAGAACGACAUCGAUGUUGCUGGAGAGAAUGAAAGAGUGUGGUGCGGAGAGAUGGCAGAAGGGUCUUGCAUUUCAUCAAUUAGGGUGUGUGUUUCUUGAAAGAAGAGAGUAUAAAGAAGCUCAACGUUGUUUCGAUGAAGCAGUUGAAUUAGGCCAUGUUUAUUCUAUAGCCGGCGUGGCGAGAACAAAGCAUAAACAAGGUCAACCGUAUUCGGCUUAUAAGUUAAUCAGUUCUUUGAUAUUUGAGUAUAAACCAGUUGGAUGGAUGUAUCAAGAGAGAGCAUUGUACAAUAUGGGAAGAGAAAAAGGUUUUGAUUUGGAUUUCGCAACAAAACUCGAUCCUUCACUAUCAUUUCCGUAUAAAUAUAGAGCAUUGGAGAAAGUUGAAGAGAAGCAAAUAAAAGAAGGGAUUAUGGAACUUGAUAAGUUUCUUGGAUUUAAGCUUUCACCUGAUUGUUUAGAAUUGAGGGGUUGGUUGUAUAUUGCAUUAGAGGAUUAUGAUAGCGCUAUGAGAGAUAUUAGAGCAUUGUUAACCAUAGAGGCUAAUUAUAUAACUUUACAUGGGAGGAUUAGAGGAGAAUGCUUGGUUCAAAUUCUUAAAAGUCGAAUUCAGAAGAAGAAUCAGGCUGAUUGUUGGAUGCAAUUGUAUCAACAAUGGUCUUCAGUUGAUGAUGUUGGUUCUUUGGCUAUUAUUCAUCAGAUGCUAGAGAAUGAGCCCGGAAAGAGUUUGCUCGAGUUUCGUCUUUCUCUACUACUCUUGAGGUUAAACUGUCAAAAGGCUGCAAUGCGCAGUUUGCGGCUGGCAAGAAACCAUUCUAGCUCAGUGCAGGAAAGACUAAUUUAUGAAGGAUGGAUUCUAUACGAUACUGGCUAUCGUGACGAAGCUGUUACACGGGCUGACAGAUCCAUUGAAAUUCAGAAAUCAUUUGAAGCCUUUUUCCUAAAAGCAUAUGUGCUAGCAGAUACAAAUCUGGAUCCCGAAUCUUCUUGUUAUGUUAUUCAGCUUCUUAAAGAAGCACUUAAAUGUCCUUCGGACGGACUUCGCAAAGGACAAGCACUGAAUAACAUGGGGAGUAUUUAUGUGGAUUGUGGUAAAAUAGAACUCGCAAACGAGUGCUACAACAAUGCCCUUGCGAUUCGGCACACACGAGCUCAUCAAGGUCUGGCGCGCGUUUAUCAACAGAAAAAUCAACGGAAGGCUGCAUACGAUGAGAUGACAAUGCUAAUCGAGAAGGCGGAGAGCACUGCCUCGGCGUAUGAGAAACGGUCGGAAUAUUGUGACCGUGAGAUGGCGAUGGCUGAUCUUGAUGUUGCAACACACCUUGAUCCUUUAAGGACAUACCCUUACAGAUACAGGGCAGCAGUGCUGAUGGAUGAGCAAAAAGAAACAGAAGCUGUAGAAGAACUCACCAAGGCUAUAAAAUUCAAGCCUGACCUUCAAAUGCUUCAUCUGCGAGCCGCGUUUUACGAGUCAAUGGGAGAUCUAUCGUCUGCUCUUACAGAUUGUAAGGCAGCACUUUGUUUAGAUCCAAACCAUGCAGCAACAGUUGAGUUAUAUCAAAGGAUACAAAAGCUUAACUUUUAA